GACGUGUGGUCUAUAUCAUCAUCUACUGUGGCAUCCAUACAUGUGAAAAUCAUGCUGCCGCGUUCCAUCCCCCGCCUUUCAAAGGUUUGGAUACCUAGCGGAGGCUUUGCUGUUCCGGGGGUUGAAGAUGCCCAUUCAAAGCUCGUUCGCGCUGGCUUUCUUCGUCAGUCUCACGCCGGCAUCUUCCACAUGCUGCCUCUCGGGAAAAGGGUACAGGAUAAGGUAGAACGACUGGUCGCAAAGCACAUGGAGGAGUCGCUAGCGGCCUCUAGAGUAUCGCUGUCUUCCAUUUCAAGCGAAGCUCUGUGGGAGCGCAGCGGACGACUGCCGAAUAUUGCACCCGAGCUUUUCCGAUUCCCGGAUCGCAAAGGCAGUGCCUAUCUAUUAUCUCCCACUCAUGAGGAAGAGAUUACCUAUCUGGUCGCGCAGACCGUCAGGUCGUACAAGGAUCUCCCUCUCCGACUCUACCAGAUUACUCGCAAGUUUCGGGAUGAGUUACGCCCACGUCACGGGCUUCUUCGUGGGCGCGAGUUUAUCAUGAAAGACCUUUACACCUUCGACACAGAUCUAACGUCUGCUUUGGACACUUACGAGAAAGUCCGAGCCGCUUACUCACGCAUCUUCAACGACAUGAAGCUCCCAGUCCUGGCGGCAAAAGCUAGUUCUGGUGACAUGGGCGGCGACCUGAGCCAUGAGUAUCACUUGCCCUCACCCUUCGGGGAGGAUAAUAUCAUCACUUGUGGAAGUUGUGACUACAUUAUCAACGAGGAAAUAGCGACUACCAAAGUUGCACAUGAGAUCUGCCAAGCUGAUCAUGUUGGGGUUUGGCGGGCUAUUACCAAAGACCGUUCUACACUCGUCAACGUCUGGUAUCCCACGAGAACGAUCAGGACGAAUACCGGUCAAGUGCGCGAGUACACAAACUCUGAUAUCAACAUAUAUGCGAUCAAACCUCUUGUACCAGACUUAGAUGCUUCAGUUUCGGACGCCACGGAAUUCUGGGCAGCGGCGACAGAAGGCCCGGACGCCACAGCAAAACAACUGGUGAAUCUCUUCGACAGCAGACUUCCACCGUCGUUCUCGGACAGUUCGAAAGGCAGCGCAUCACUGCCUAUGUGGCCGGACACUGUCAAAUCAGGAGCAUCCACAUUGCAUGUUCAGUGUCACGGAUCUUCCACUAACGGCGGAAAACCUUUGAAUUUUCUUCGGAUCCGCAAGGGGGAUAAUUGCCCACAAUGCUCCUCCGGAACUUUGAAUGUCCAGAAGGCGAUGGAGUUGGGCCACACGUUUCACUUGGGCACUCGGUAUUCGCAACCAUUGGGCGCAAAGAUAUCGUUGCCGCCUCCCAGUUCGAGCGAGGCAAAACCUUCGACAGGGGAUAGCGGCACUUCAAAAACAGUGAGCAUGCAAAUGGGCUGCCACGGAAUAGGGAUUUCGCGUGUCAUUGGCGCCGUGGCUGAACACCUAGCUGAUGAUAAAGGUUUGAAUUGGCCUGUCGCCAUUGCCCCAUAUACCUGUAUCGUCGUCUUUGCUGAAGACAACUACGACGAUGCUGUAGAGGUCUACAAGCGCAUUCUUAACGGCAUCGGAGACCAGGAUGAGCGGCUAGACAUCAUUCUCGAUGAUCGCCAAAAAUCAUUGCCUUGGAAGCUUAAGGACGCGGACCUUAUUGGUGCGCCGGUAAUUGUUGUUCUCGGUCGAGAGUGGCGCAUAGCGCGUCGGGUCGAGGUUCAGUGUCGGAGGCUUAAUAUCAAUGAGGUUAUCGAUGUGAAUAAUUUGCCGUCCUUUAUAGCCGAGCUACAUUUGAGACUCUAGUUGUAGGAUAGCUACAGUAACAGUUAAAAAAAAUACUGCUUCCCCCCCCCC